CCGUUAAACGCUACAUUUGGUGUGAACGUGACAGGCAGUGUUUUUGUUUGUACAUAUCUUUUCAUCGAGUAAGAGAAUUCUCGAACUUUUGCUAAAUUUGUACAAUUACAUCAAAUGGCCACGGAAGAAGGUUUCGAACAGUUCGAAGAUGAAGAGGCAGAAAUUCCGAUUGGCGGGACUUUACCCGGUGGUAGAAAACGAUUAUUUUCGAAAGAAUUACGGUGUAUGAUGUAUGGUUUUGGUGAUGAUCAAAAUCCUUAUACAGAAAGUGUAGAUUUGUUAGAAGAUCUUGUUAUUGAAUUUAUUACCGAAAUGACACAUAGAGCUAUGGAAAUUGGUCGUACCGGUCGUGUGCAAGUAGAGGAUAUCGUAUUUUUAGUUAGGAAAGACCCAAGGAAAUAUGCAAGAGUUAAAGAUCUCCUAACAAUGAAUGAAGAAUUAAAGAAAGCUAGAAAAGCAUUCGAUGAAGUUAAAUAUGCAGGUACUGUUAGUCAGUAAAUUUAAUUUGUCAAUAUCAAAGCAUAUAACAAAAUACUUUUAUUCUGCCUGAAUUUAUUAUUUUAUUAGAGAAUCAUAUAAAUAUAUAUAUAUAUAUAUUUAUAUAUUUUUUUUAUAAAAAUCUUUUUUGUAUAAAAAGAACAGUUAUUUUCAUGAUUUUGAGAAAGUUCAAAUAGAGUUUGAACAUAAAUGAUCUAAGUACUGCAUUGUAGUAGUUGCACAGUUUUUACAAGAACGGAAUGCUACAUGCUUGUGUGCUGCAUUUUUAUGAUACUUCAUGCUUGCUUAUCUACAUAAUUGGAAAAUUAUGGUAUACUUAAGAUUGCUUAAAUAUUUUUGUUAUAUAAAAAGAAAUAUGCAUAAACAUAUAUAUUUGGGGGUUUCUGUAAGUAUAGGUCGUCCGAAAAGUUUCUUUUGCUUUAUAAGGAAAUAGUGGAUGCACAACAUUUUCUGUUUUAUAUUAUUGUAUCAAAUUACGUAUGAUCCAUUCUGUUCUGUCAAAAUAAAGAUCACAACGUUCAACAGAUUUGAUUUUAUGUUAGUAUAAAGAUGCAUCGUUGUAAAAGACAUGUCUGUAAAAGAAAGACACUUUCCGAACAACCUAAUAGUAAUACUUAGAUCUAUUAUAAAAUAUGAUAAUUAUCAUAUGAGUGCUAUUUCUUUUUUUAUGUAGUGUUAGUAGUAUUGUAUAUGUAAAAUAGAGUAUAAAACAAAAAUCUAUAUCUGUACUAAAUGUUCUAUAUUUUAUUUCAUGCACAAUAUAUAUAUAUAUUUUACACUUUUAUAAUAAGAAGUAUUUUAUACA